GCACAACUUUUGAGUGAAACCCGUUUCGUGCCCCUGCACCAACGAGUCACGUGCGAUACGUCAUUUCGAUGUGACGCAUUCGGCGGAAACGGAAAAGGCGAGGGAGCCAACAUGGCGGACAGGUUAACGCAGCUUCAGGAUGCUGUCAAUUCACUGGCUGACCAGUUCUGUAAUGCGAUUGGAGUCUUACAACAGUGUGCACCACCUGCCUCCUUUAGUAACAUCCAGACAGCCAUCAACAAAGACCAGCCCUCCAACCCCACAGAAGAAUAUGCGCAGCUGUUUGCAGCACUCAUAGCACGAACGGCAAAAGAUGUUGACGUGUUGAUUGACUCUCUGCCAAGUGAAGAAUCUACAGCUGCACUGCAGGCAGCCAGUCUGAGACAGCUGGAGGAGGAGAACCAGGAAGCUGCAAACCGUCUGGAGGAAGUAGUUUACAGAGGAGACCUCUUACUGGAAAAGAUCCAGUCAGCUCUAGCAGACAUCGCCCAAUCGCAGCUGCGUACUCGCAGUGGUUCCCCCAGUCAGGCAACAGCCCCAGAUUCCUGACAUUGACUGGCCCAAACCAAACACGGACUCUACCGUCUGUACACAGCAGGGAUUUUUAUAUACAUCAGAGGUGCCAGUGGCAGAAGACCUUGUAAAAAUUGUCCAGUUUGUUUAUGGACUGAAGAUGUUUCUGAUUUCAUACUACAUGGGAGAAUGAAGAAGCCACCUUGUCAUUAUUUUCUCUUCACCACCAGGAACAGACAUUCAGAGUGCAUAUUCUCCUCUGAAAAAUGAGCAGAACCGAGUUUUCAUUCAGCAUUUUAGGGCGGUCCUCGAAUGUGUUGAUGUGUAAAACAGUAAGUGUCAGAGAUUGAUAUAAGGUUCAUCUCAUCAACUGUUUGUGUAGAGUCUUGUAUUUCAUCGCAUGUGCUCAGUAUAUGAGCACUGACAUUGUUUUCUAUCAGUGAAUGAGCCUGUUUUUUAUAUUAAAUUAUUUAGUUUGUUCUUGCCAGGAUCAUGCAUUGAUUCUGUACAUUUUGUUUUGAAAAAAAAGUGUUCUCUUGUGGAUAAAAAAUAAAAGUUGUGUAAAGUUA